CACUUCUCCUUGAUACUCGACGAAAAUAACAACGCGCGAUGGCCCAAAGGCUGCUUGCUCUUCUGCUAUCGUCUUUUCUGGUUAUCCAAGUGCUCAGAGCCCAGCAAAUAUUUUAUUUGGAUGGCAACUUUUUUCUGAAUCCGUAUUACUAUCUCCAACCCCAACUUCUGCCUGGAUUCAGGUCCGGCAGAGACAAUCUACCUUUACCUAAAGAGCAAAUACUUUAUUGUAAUACGGAACCAUCCCGCCCAAUACCGUCCAGCGCAAAUAACGUCCGAUCAAAUCAAUUCCAACAACCAUAUUUAUUUAGAGAUGGUGAACAGGAUAGCAUUAUAGACCUAAGAGCCACAAAGGAAGAUAAGAAACUUAUUCUAGAGCUACACAAUCAACUCCGUCAGAAAGUUGCGUCAGAACGUGAGAGUCGAGGCUCUCCCGGACCGCAACCAGCUGCCAUCUCCAUGCCAAAUUUGAAAUGGAGUGACGAAUUAGCCAACAACGCUUGGGAAUGGGCUCAAAACCUCCAAUACAAACACGAACCGGAUCCCAUUAAAUACGGACAGAAUCUCCAUAUGAGUUUCAGUCCGCACUCGAAAAACAUGUCGGACUGGGCCAACAUAAUCAAUGGCAAGGACGGCUGGUUUGACGAGGUCGAUAACAUGGACUGUGCCAACGUUAUAAAAUUCAGGAGCUGUCAAACUACCAGCGGUAAAGUUAUUGGCCAUUACACGCAAAUGGUCUGGGCUGAAACUACUCACGUCGGCUGCGCAGCUAUUGGAUACUACGACGAUUACAACGGAUAUCCUUUCACGCCCGGACAGCCUUACAAACAGUUUUACAUCUGCAAUUACAGUCCUCGUGGAAAUGCUCCGAAUAAAUCAGUCUACAAAGUGGAUUACUCAUCGUCCGCUUAUUCCGAUUGCCCAAAUCAACCCGAAUAAAUCUAGAAUCCAUUUCCCAGAAUAUUGUCUGUAGUAAUUUUUUAACCAGCCUCAGUUUGAGACUAUAAUGAUAUCGCGUUUGUUGUGGAACGUAUACAUCACUGCCAUUGCCAUACAUCAUUUGAUUUGAAAUGUUGUAACACAAUCCCGCUCAAUCUUUCCAGCUGCAGUACCAUGGCUUCUAAACAAGGAAAAAGUAUAAUACAUGUGAACAUUUAUCUAUGUCGACAUCUAUUAUUUCGUAAUAAAAUGAGCCACUUUCAGGGAUAGACGACACAUCCAACGUCAUAA